GCCUCAGCACCUGAGAUAGACUGCCCCCGGGCAUGGAGGCUCCAUCGAGCUGGGAUGGAGCUCUUCGCCCGGCCCGGCCCGGCCGCCUGCCCGCCGUCCCUCCCUCUCUCUGCCCUCCCUGCAGAGCAGCUCCGGCGGGUGUUUCCUGUCCUGCUGUUUUGGUGCUGCGCCUCGGCCUCUCGCCGCCGGGGCUGCUGCUGCUGGCAGGCGGCCGAGCGCGGCCUCCCCUCGACGGCCUCGCUUCCUCCUCCUCCUCCUCCUCCUCCUCGUCCUGGUCCUGCGCUGUCUCCUCCUCUCCCUCCUCCCUCUCCUCCUGCCCGGGCGCUUCCUGGCUUGCAGUCGCCGCUCGCCGCCGGCCUCCGCCCUCUCCUGCCCCGGCCAUGGGGAGGCGCCGCCGGGCCCGGGAGCCGCCCGCCCGCCUGGUGCUGCUGGCGCUGGCGCUGGCCUCCGGCUCGGCGCUCCUCCUGGCCUCGCUCAGCCUCCUCCUGGCCGCCUGGCCCCGAUCCAGCGCCCGCGCGGUGCAGCAAGAAGCAGCAGCGCCCGCCGCCGCGAUGCCACAGGAGCUGCUGUCUGAAGAUGGUGCUGAAGAGCUGGACCCGGUGUUGCUCUCUACUGGCUGGAGCAACCAAGGCAAGUUCCUGCAUCAUUUUGCCCAGCAGGGGGCACUACGGCAGAGGAGGCAGGCUGCCAAAGGGAAGCGUUCCCGGCCUAGACGAACCAGCACCGUCUCGGCUGCACACUAUGAAGUGCAACCCACAGAAGGACGAGCUGGGAUCCAGGCAGAUGCCAAUGGGACCAUCCGCGGAUGGGCAGAAGCUAAACUCAACACGACAAGCCCACUCCGUUACGAUAGCAGCCGAGGGGAGUUCACGGUGGUCAAGAGGGGGCUCUAUUACCUGUACUGCCAGAGUGCUGGCCAUCUUCUGGAGAGGCCUCCACCAUACACACACCUGGAAAGGAGGAUAAGGGAUGCAGGAAGGAACUCACAGAAGCCCCAAUGCCAGCGCAAAAAGCAGUCCGUCCUCCAUUUGGUUCCCAUCCGUCCUUCCAAUAGCGACAUAGAGUUUGCCACGGAGGUCUGGUGGAAGCCCUUCCUCCAGCUAGGCCGAGCCCUGGAGCUAAGUGGCCGGGAUGUUCUGGUGAAGCACACAGGACUUUACUUCAUUUACAGCCAGGUGCUGUUCCAUGACCCCACCUUUACUAUGGGGCAGCUCCUACGACGGUUGGCCCCUGGAAGGCCAGAGCAAAUCUUGUUCCGCUGUGUCCAGAGCAUGCCCCAAACCCCAGUGAAGGCGUACAACAGUUGCUAUAGCGGAGGUAUCUUUCACCUGCAGCACGGAGAUCGGCUGAACCUUCGCAUCCCACGUUUCAACGCAUCAUUUGACAUCAGCGAUCAUGGGACCUUCCUGGGAUUGCUCCGUCUGUAGUAGUCUAAGCACCCUCAGCGUCCACCAGGAGAGACAGAGGCAAUAGAGUCAAGACACGGAUGUGGACAGCGUUUGGCCUCUGAAAGGGCCCAGAGUGCUGACAAAAAGACUUUACUGGUACGUGCACGGCACGAUUCCUCCAGCCAGCAUCACUGGCUUUUUGUGGGAGUGCAGGUAACAGAGCCAGGACUUCUCAGUUCUGUUCCAAGUUUGAGGGGGCUGGUGGGGUCUGCAGGCCACGUGUUGCUAUGCAGAGGAGCUGAUAUUUGCAGCAGAAAACAGGGUUAAGAGUUUAAGCCAAGCUGGGCUCCUCUGGAAUAUCUCUGAUCCUCUUUUUUCAAAGAUGCCAGAUUCAUUCCUUGUGUGCCAUGAGCAUCCCUCAGCUGUGAGAGCAUGAUACACUUAGAAGCAACGACCAGGUUUUUUUGUUUAAGGCAGCUCUUGCCAAUGUGUCUUCCAGAAGUUUUUGACUACAACUCCCAUCAGCCCCCAGCCAGAACUGUACUCCAAAACAUCUGGAGGACACCAGAUUGGCAAAGGCUGCUUUAAGACUAUAGCAUUCUGCUAUAAUACCUUGGUUGCCACACUUCCCCUCCCAUAUAGUUCCUGUAUGUCGAAUGGUGAUGUGGGCUGGAAAAUUUGCCAGUGCUUUGUUUUCUGUUUCAUAGGUAUGUCAGUAACAGUGAACAGAUGCCAACUGCAAAUAUAUUAUUAGGCAAACUUGGAGCUUGGAAACUUUUCAGCUUUGUUCACUAAAUGCAAGUAAAAUAGACGUGGUAGAUUCGAUCACUCUCUAGGGCACCAGAAAAUUACCAAAAUUUUCUGGGGGGGAAAUCAAAUUCCAAAAUUUCUAGAAAACCCGUAUCACUGGUCUUGAACAACUGCAAAUCGAAAGGUGCAGCCUUUGUCCUAGCACAGAAAUGGAGAAGGCUGUAACAGGCGAGUUUCACUUGUCACACCCCUGUCAGGGGAAAAAAAAUGCAGCCUUGCAUUUGCUAAAUGCCUCAGCUUCCCUGAUGCAAUGCACAAGGAUCUGUGCUAUGCUAGAAAAAGUUGUGGUUUACUGAUUCACCCAAGUCUGAAAUAAUUCUUCUGCAUGAAAAAUCAGUCUUGUAAGAUCAAACGCUGUCCAUGUACUGUGAAAUAAUGCUUCAUGAGGCUGAGUCUCGCCAGAAUCCAAUUUUGGAGUGACGUUCCUAGUUUAUUGUUGUUUAAACUAUUUUAAUAUUAUUUUUAUUAAAUCUGUUAUUGUAGGCCUUCUUGGACAAAGAUUUAUGGGAAAGGGCACUUUUUGCUAUAAAAUAAAGGCCUUCAAAUAUUGGCUUAAGCUGAGA